AUGCCACCUAAAUCAAAGAAAAAAAAGAACACUAAUCCUGCUCGUGGUUUUUCCACAACGAGCAUUCCGUCGAAACCCAAAGAGAUAAACAAAGAAAUUUCUACCCAAUCUGAUGAAAAUGAUAAAAAUUCAAGCGAAAAGAUUAAUGUCUCGACCGAUUCUUCAACACAGAUUACCGCUGAUGACUUUAAAAUAGAAGAUAAUGAAUUGGAUGACAUGAUUCCGACGAUUGAAAAAUUACGUGAUUUGAAUUCCAAAAAAGUUGAUAGUCAUUUUAAAGAUUUAUCUUUGGAAGAAUCUAUCGUUGAUGUGAAUCGGUUACCCACUUUAAAACUUGAAGCUAAUAUUGAACUCAAGAUUGAUAAUUAUAUAAAAAAAAUUGGAUACCAAGAACAAGACACAAAAUUCGAUUCUGUAAUGGACCCGAAAAACAAAAAGGAGCGUGAACGAGUUCUUGCGAAAUUGGAUUUUGUGUACCUAAUAUUAAAACGUCUCGGUUUUGCAAUAACUGAUAUUGAAGAAUGUAUGAAAAAAAUUUGUAGUUUUGACUUGCAACCUGCCUUAGACUGGUUGUGCAUAAACGUUUCACCAGAAAUGUUGCCUGCUGGAUUUUCGGAUAAAAUUUAUUACGAUACUGUGGGAGCUGAUAUAAAGUUUGUUCCUAAAAAUUCUUCUACCAUUAGUCAACCACCAUCAGAUCCAAUGGAACCUAUGACACAUGAAGAAGAAAUUUCACCAUCACAUGAGCAUAAUGAAGAUAUAUCCCAUUUAAAGUCACGGAUUUUAGAUGCUGUAGGAAAGGCCGAAUUCGAUAGCGAUGAUGAUGUAAUGAUAGAUCCAACCGAGGAGUAUGCAGAAUUAAAGUCAAAAUUGAUAGCACUAGAAAAAAUGAUGAAGUCCAGCGAUAAUAGUGAGGUUGCUAGCCAUAUCGACACCAUUAGAGCAAAACUCAAAGUAUUAGAAGGAGACUAUUUAUUCGACCGAAAGAAGGCUGAGAAAUUGUUCAAAGAAAAACAAAAAAGGAUUGAUAGAGAAGAAGCGAUUAAAAGACCUAAAUCACAGUCUGACCGUGAAGAGAAAAUAGAGAGUAAAACUAAAGGAAGUAAUUUACUUGGGUUUUCACUUCAAGACGAAGAUGAUGGAGAUUUAUUUGGUGGAUUAUUAAAUAUCUUGUCAUCUGAAGAAGCAGAGAAAUCUGAAUCUGCUGUGGCAAAAAAUAAUCGUACAUGCAUUCUCAGAGAGAUGCCUGUGCAUGAUUCUUGGACCGGCAAAAUGCCAAAAGAAAUAUUACGAGAGACUUGUCGUAAGAUAGACUCACAAGUUAAAGUGAUCUUCCACAAGGAACCAACUGUUGGGGGAAAUAGUAUUAAUAAAGCUGGAGUCAAAAUAUUCUGGAGUGGAGGAAAAGAAAAUAAUUUUACAAUGAAAGACGAAGGGUGUCGUACGGUUGAAGAAGCUGAGAAUUAUGUCUCCACACUGGCAUUAUUUGACUUAACCGACCUUCCUCUGUAUCGUUCAUUCCCACCUUCAUAUAAAGAUCUAUGGUUAGAACUAGCAGAAGCAAAAAAUUUUGAAGUUAACAAAGAUAGAACAAAAUCGGAAAAGGAGAAGAUAACUUUUUUAUUAUCUGUUGUUGAUAGCAAAAUCGAAAGAAUCAACGCAAUAAGAGAAACUUUGAAGGAAGAAGUGGAGACGAUUGAGCACGCAAAUGUAGUUCCUAAUAAAAUUAUACCAAAAGCCCAAUAUGAUGACAUCUCGGCUGAAGGAGCUGCUAUGAAAAAGGCUUUUGUAAACAGGCAAUCCCACAAGUCAUACAAUGAUCUUCUAGCCAAGCGUAAGCUACUACCGAUUUAUUCUUACCGAGAAGAAUUAUUGAGAAAACUAAAUAGUAACCAAGUUAUUAUUGUUUCUGGAGAAACUGGAUGCGGUAAGAGCACCCAAGUGCCACAAUUUAUCGCCGAGCAUAUGCUUUUGAGUGGAUACGGAGAUCACUGUAAUAUUAUUUGCACUCAGCCACGAAGAAUUUCUGCAGUUUCAAUUGCACUCCGCGUAUCGCUUGAAAUGGGUGAUAUGCCUGGAACCAUUGGUUCAAUGAAAUCUCUGGUUGGUUAUCAAAUUCAAUUGGAAUCUCGCAUUUCAUAUUCUAAUGUGCUGACAUUUUGUACCAAUGGUAUAUUGCUUAGGCGACUUGAAAGUGAUAGGCUUUUGACCGAUGUUAGUCACAUCAUAGUUGAUGAGGUCCACGAGAGAACACUUGAGUCCGACUUCUUGUUAAUAGUGCUUAAAGGACUUUUACAAAGGCGACCAGAUCUGAAGCGAGUUCUACUUUUUGAUUUAUUGAUUAUUUUAAUGAGUGCAACUCUUGAAGCACAAAAAUUUUCUCAAUACUUCUAUAAUUGCCCUGUAGUGGAUAUACCAGGGAAAACAUUUCCGGUUACCGUAAAGUACCUUGAAGAUGUUAUUGAAGAAACAGGAUACAUGAUUGAUGAAGGCGAUGAGUAUGCAAGAAAAGUUUUUAGACAAAUUAGAGACGAAGGGACAAUAUCUGUCACUGGCAGAGGAAAUAGUACAAGUAAAGUUCACUUCGAAGUGGAGGAUCAAUAUACCUAUGACGAUUUUCCAAUUCCAAACGAAGAACUUGCAUCAUUCUCACAACGCACUCAAUCAGCCCUAAGAAGACUUGACUUCGACAAAAUAAAUUAUGACCUCAUCAUAUCGCUUCUCAACUUUAUCUGCGUGCAAAAAGAAGAUAAUUCAAGCACAGCUACAAAUGUUUUGUCAGAUAUUCCACCGGAUGGUGCAAUCCUGAUUUUUCUACCAGGAAUGCCUGAAAUUUUAAGGUUGCAUGACCGGCUGAGGGCUGAUAGGCAUUUUCAAGAUGAAACUCAAUUUUUAGUGUAUCCAUUGCAUUCUUUGAUAUCUUCGGAGAGUCAAUCGGCAGCAUUCGAAAUUCCUCCAGAAGGUGUAAGAAAAAUUGUUUUGGCCUCAAACAUUGCAGAAACUGGAAUUACGAUUCCCGACAUUACAAUAGUUAUCGACACUGGAAAGGUGAACCAAAUAAGGUAUGACGAAUCCAAAAAGAUUACAAAUUUGCAAGAGACAUUUGUGGCAAGAGCAAAUGCUCGUCAGCGCAGAGGUAGAGCUGGCAGAGUGCGAAAUGGAAUAUGCUUUCAUUUGUUUACGAAAUGGAAACAUGAUCACCAGAUGGCUGACUACGAACGUCCAGAAAUAUUGAGGCUACCUUUACUAGAACUUUGCCUCAAGAUAAAAGUUUGUGAGUUGGGAAACAUCUCCGACGUUUUGUCAGAGGCUGUAGAUGCCCCAACAAAUAAGGCCAUUGAAAAUGCUAUUACAACCUUACAAGAGGUUCAAGCUCUUACCUCUGAAGAACAACUUACUCCACUUGGAAUACAUCUCUCACACAUUCCGGUUGAUGUUCACAUUGGAAAAAUGCUACUAUUCGGAGCAAUAUUCCGAUGCCUCGAUCCAAUUCUCACCAUAGCAGCUAUGCUAAGUUAUCGAGGUCCAUUCCUUACAUUAUUUGGAAAAGAAUCUGAAUCUGAUUCAGCACGAAACAAAUUUAAAUAUGGAGAUUCCGAUUUAUUGACAAUGUAUUCCGCCUAUUGCAAAUGGAAAUCAACCUACGAAAAGCACGGCUCAGGAAAAGUUUUACGGGAGUUUUGUCAGACCAAUUUUCUGAAUGGUCAAAAUUUGCGAAUGAUCGAGGAUUUGAAAAAACAAUUUUUAUCAUUGUUGGUGAAUAUCGGAUUUGUGCAACUACAUGAAAAUAUGAAAGCCGAAUUAGGCAGGCAGGUAUUUGGUCCGAAAACCAUGUGUCGAGUUCCAGUAGUUUAUGAUACAAAUUCAUCCUCCACUCAUAUAAUCAAUGCUGUAAUUGCUGCGGGAUUGUAUCCCAGAGUAAUACAUCGAGAUUCAAAAAAAAAUCAGUUUGAUACCAUGAUUGGUCAUGAACUAAGACAGGUUUUCAUACACCCAUCCUCGAUAAAUUUUCCGCUUCAGAGCGCAAAUGCGUCAUCACUAGGAAAGGAUUGGUUCGUGUAUAAUACUAUGAUGCAGACAAAUAAGUUAUAUGUAAGGGAAACUAGUUUAGUGGAAGUAGUGGAUUUGGUUUUAUUCGGGAGAGAGAUUGAUGUGAAGCAUGAAAUCAGGAUAUUGUCUAUUGACGAAUGGAUACGGUUGCAAUGUCCAGCAAAGACAGCUACGUUAUUGAAAUAUUUGAGAGGCCAAUUGAACAAGAUCCUCAAAUAUAAAAUCGAUCGUCCCGAAGCUGAGCUUGAUGGGGAACAACAAGGGUGGUUGGAUUUGAUUUUAGAGGUCUUAGAGAGCUGUGAAGAGACCAGCGGGAAGGCAUAA